GAAGUGACGUGUAUUAAAAAUAGUGGCUCUUGGAUUUAAACCGAAAUAAUCACCGACGUGCUGAAAAGAGGCGUUUAGACAUGUAAUAUCACAUUAAUUAAAGAAUUUUAAUAGGAUAAGCGUUGGUGAAGAGAGUGAAAAGUAACCGCUCGAUUCGCUGGGUCGCGCGCGUUUUCAAGAGCCGUUACAGUUAUUUGUUUACUAAAGCUGAGAAACUGACGCGAUCCGUUUCACGUUAACGUUACCCGUUCUUGUAACAUCGCCUGUCUUUAUUUCUGCCAGCUUUAUCAUUUUCAGUCAAAACAUUGCAUACGUUAGUGUUAGUUAGAGGUAACGUUAAGUAUUUUUUAGGCUGAGCGCACAGUUACAGUUACAAACAUAACUACAUUGAGAAUACGCCAUGAUAAUUAACCCAUUAGCCUUUUUACAUUCAGCUUAACUAUAUUAUUUAGUGUGAAAGUCUGAAUUUGCGAAUUUAAAUCUACUUUUUACCUCACUUCUGUUUACAUGUCGUUUAGUUUGAGCGAUAAUAAUGAACUGGGACCAUCAGUUGAGCUCCAUUCUUUCCGAGGCUGAUGGAAGUGUCGCAAAAAUGAGGGAACGUCUGACUACACGUGGACGAUCUCCCAGAGGAACAGAAGAUGUAUUUCCAGUCAGAGACUUCACAGUUGGUGUUGAUUUGAAGCCCUCUUCCUCUCUCACUCCUGCUGUUCAGUGGACAGAUCUGACCGCCAUCCAGACACAGUUGCAGCAACAGAGUCAGGCUAUUGAAACUUUAACACAAAACCUGCGGUUUCUGGAAAGAGAGCGAAAUGCACAGCAAAGACAAAUAGAAACAUUACAAGAGGAGCAGAAGAGACUUCAGGAUAAGCUGGAACAGAAGGAGCGGGAUGCGGAUCGAACAUCAUUGAGUCCUGGAACGGACCGCCGGAUCGAGCACUGGAAGAGAGAAAUGGAUCGAGAGCUGAUCAGUCUAAGAGGACAGAUCAACAGAGCCACGACUCUAGGAAAUCAAGAAGAAAGUUUCAGCUCUAAACUGCGCAGAGAAGAGCUGGAGCAGCUCAGGAGAGAGGUGGACAUCAUCAAAAAUAAACUCUUGCGACAGGAGGAAGAUACGUUUCAGCUUCAGUCGGAGGCCAGAGAAACAAGGAGACAGUAUGAACGCAGCUCUAAGAUGUUAGAGAAUUUUACUGACUCGUACCGUACACACAGUUUUGAUCUCGCUCGGAUGGUGUCGCAAUACCAGCACACUCAACAGGAAGUGCGCGACGUCAGAGUCAGCGUCUCUGAGCUGAAGGAUGAGGUGCGAGGUCUCGUGCUGAGGGAUGCUCAUCCUUCACCUGCACACGUACAACACAAACCAGCUGUGUCAGCGGUGCAGACGAGGUCUGAGAGACACGUGUCUUCCGGCUCAGAGGAUGAUCUCAGUCCCACACCGAGUCUGGCGGAGAUCAGCUCUGAUGAACUCGAUCCGUCCUGGCUGGAGGAAACAGAGCCACAAACCAGGAGGAGGCGCCGCCGCCACGUUCAUCUAAACACAGAUCUGUCAGGAAGUGACCUCAGCGAUGCAGGAAAUGAGCUUGAUAGUGACCUGGAUAAUGAUGCCGAAGUGCUGGACAGAGUUUCAGACAGUGCUCCAGAUCUCAGUCUCAGUGACCUCUGACCCCAAAGAAUCACCAAUAAACCAACAGCUGCUA